AUGGUGUACUAUCUGUGGAGGAGGAAGAAGAAGGGUCGGAGUCAGUACGAGGAGCUGCUCUCUACAACGCCUUCAGUACCAGCAUGCUCUGCUCCAGUGAUCCUGGUAUCUCAGGGCUCCUGGGCAAUGCCCAGUGAGAUCCCUUUCACCCUGCCCCCUCGCUUCACAUCACAAAAUCAUGGUGACCCGAAAAAUGAGGAGGAGGAGAUCGAAGAAGAGGAGGAGAUAAAGAUGGAGGCUAGGAGGGACAUACUGGCCCAUCGUGGGUCACUCUCAGUAAGGAGGUGGUACCCGGUGGGGACGGUGCUGGCCGGUCUCUACUCUGUUCCUCCUCUGAACGAGGUGGUGGCACCUCCUCCCGGCAUGGCCACCCGUCUCUGCUUCUCUGUGGAGUACCGACACAGCAGCGAGCAGCUCAUGGUCUCCUUGCUUCGCCUCGGCAACCUCCCUCCCCUUUUCCACGGCAACGUAACGCUGGUGGAGAUCCGGCUUCUCCCUGACGACCGGAGGCCCCGCCAGGCCAAGGCCCGGGGCACAGGGCCCGACCCGGAGUUCAACGACUGCUUCGUUUUCCAGGUGUCAGGUGUGCCUCAGAGCACCCUGAGUGUGUGUGUGCUGAGUGUGAAGCAGGACGGCAAACGCCACGCGGUGGGCAGGGUGCUGUUUCCUCUGGAGGGGGAGCUCGGUCAGGCCGGCAGGGUGCUCUGGAGGGAUCUGGAGACGGAGGAAAACACACAGUGUUCAGAGCUGGGUGAUGUGCAGAUAUCUCUCAGCUACAGUCCGUCUCAGCAGCGCCUCUCUGUGUUGGUUCUGAGGGCUCGAGGCUUGCAGCUGCUCACAGACGCAGGUGUGUGUGUCCAGGUGAGCUUACAGAUACACACUCAGGUGGUUAAGAUGAAGCGCAGCUGUGUGGCAAAAAGUGAAAACGACCCCUAUUUCGACCACAGGAUGACCUUUAAACUGCGCUCACAGCACCUGGACGAGGCCUGUCUGAGAUUUGAGCUGCAGCAGCCAAACGACGUCCGCUCAGAGCUUCCAGCCCUGCUGGGAGUUUUGGUGUUGGGUCCCUUCAUGUACGCCAGGGGCCCGCAGCUGCAGCACUGGAUGGACAUGGUCAACACACCACAGGUGCCGGUGCAACUGUGGCACGGACUGGGCAGGGCCGCUUAA